AUGCGUCACACGUGUACUGAAGGGGAGGAAAAAGGGCUAGGCGAGGAACAGGGUAGCAGACAAAAACAACAGCAGUAUAUUGGCAAAGUGGGUGAGUGUGAAGAUUGGGAACGAAUACGAACCGGAGCAUGGAAGGGAGUGGAUAUGGAUAGGUCCCAUCCCUCCGAAAGACAGCCCCUGCCUCACACUGGCACAGACCACAAGGGAGACGGCAAAGGUGCUGGGGGAAGCGACGCCGUGGAAUGUCCACAGGGGAGCGGGAUCGUUGCACCACGGAGCUACAGUGUGGACUGGGAGGAUGUUGUUGGUGAGGGAGGCUUUGGUACCAUCUGCCGUGGCCGGCACGUUAGCAGUGGCAUGGAGGUGGGUGUCUUGACGUUUAAGGGGAGUUUGGAGAAGCGGGAGGAGCUUCUCCAGGAGGCCAAGAAGGGACUUGCAUUGCUGCUGGAACAAUGGCCGGACGCGAUUCAACCGCUCGGAACCUUCGACACUAGUGAGAAGGAUCUUGUGACCGUCAUGUCCGUUCUACAGCUGCGGGGUGUAGAAGACAUGAGGAGUUUCUUUGCAUCUGGAGCAACUACGGCAGAUAGCACAAAUAAGGCGCGGACGUUGGAGGAGAAGCCUGCCACAAACGUGCCGGGGCAGCAACCGUGCUCCAUUGGUUGCGCCGCCGUGGAGACAGUAUGUCCGCGUCGCAUCGAUGAGGAGGAAUGGAAAGGGCAAGGGGAGGAAGAUGAACCGAAAGAAGACGAAGCUGAGACUGACUACACCGCUGCCGCAGUGGCGGCUAGUGACGAGAGGACGCAGGCGCUGCCUCUAGCCCCGGUCCCAACACUGUUGCCGAAUCUGAAAGGAGCUGUGUACCUUCUUGGCGACUACGUGGUGGAUCUGAACGCAAUCUUGGGGAAGGGGAAGUUUGGAACGGUCUACCGUGGUUGGCACUGCAAGGAGGGCUAUGAAGUGGCUGUAAAGAUGCUUCAAGGGCCGGUAAGCAAGCAUGCAAAACUGUCGAUUGAACAGAAGGAGCUAAAUCGCCUACAGAAGCUGGAUCACCCCAAUAUUCUUCGCAUGUUUGGCGUAUUUCGACAAGAAUUGAGGAGUAGUUCUGAGAUAAGGCUGGCACUCGUCCUGGAGCUCUGUCGUGGGGGAGACUUGAAGGAGUUUCUUGCACGGCAUGAUCCCCUCUCAGAGCAGCAGGCAAAGCACGUCAUGCGGCAGCUUGUGGAUUUUUUUUGUUUUCUCAAAAGCAACCGCAUGAUGCAUCGCGAUUUAAAGCCUGCCAAUAUUCUUCUGACAACCAACAAUAUUGAUGAGGCAGUGGUAAAGGUGGCAGACUGGGGCAUGGCAAAGCAAACGCCGGCGCUUGGCAGCGGUUUGUGCGGCAAAAACAUAGAGUCAAUGUUUGAAUCUGCUGUGGGAACGGCAGCCUACAUGUCUCCAGAGCGUCUUUCACGUGAAUCGUACGACUACCAGGCGGAGGUAUGGGCGCUCGGAGUCAUCAUGUAUGAAUUGCUUUUUGCCAGACACCCCUACCUGCACGCCACCUCCUCGGUUCGCACGCCAGAGCAGCUGUUAAAGGCCAUUACGUGUGCAGAGGAAGUGGACAUGUUAUGUAAAGUGUUUUGUUCCAAUAAGAAACGAACGGACGGGGAUGUGUUUCACCAAGCUCCAUCGGAGGUUGCUCCCCUCUCACGUGAGUGCUACGAGCUUAUGCGGCACAUUUUAGAUCCAAACUCGAAGACACGCUACACAAUUGAACAGGUGCGGGCCCACCCGUGGAUUUUCCAACCGGAGAAGAUGUGUGCAACAGAGGAGGUACAGGCUGUGAAGACCGCAGUAGACACGGCUGCGACUGGCGCCAAGGCCAUCAUCACGGCAAAGGUACUAACUGCAGCAGAAGAAGAAGGUGCUGUGCCCGCCACCGCAGUCAUCACAGCUAAAGAAUUAUCAACAGCAGGGAUGGAAGCGUCGGUGCCGUCAAUGACGGCUGCUGACCUCACGCGUCAAGCACUCUGUAGGGAGGAACAGGCGAGCAUGGUGCACAUCCAAGGUAUUGGUUUUAACCUGAAUGCGAUGCAGCGUCAGCAAUUCAUUUAUCAGGCUUUUCGAGACUAUUUUUACAUUUUGCGGCAUAACGUCUUGGAGGCAGAAAAUGACCCUGGACGCGGGCUCGUGUUGUUGUCAUACGCGUGGGAGCUUUUCUGUGCGGCGUCGGUGGCGUCAUUGCGGGAGGAACACCCUUUAACGGAAGGAAUGGUAUGUUCGGACGCCUCCAAAAGCGCGUGCGCCAAUAACCGAGUUCCGCUGCGUUUUGCUCUUCCUGACGACAUUAAGUUGAUGGAAAACUACAUUCAGGAAACCGCACAGCGGCUAAAAAGGAAUUUGCCAUUUAUUACAACACAGAAAAAACUGGGCUCCGUGCCGCUGGGGUGUUCCACAGAUAACGCACAAGGGCUAGAAACCUCUGUGGAUUCCUUUGUAACACCAUCUGUGGUCCCGCAAAAGUCGACGUACCCCACCGCGCACACACUGCUGUUCCAACGCACCGUGUCGCUCAUUCGCAUGGCCGCCACCGAGGAGCUUAUGCUUGGUGACACAAACGAGCAAGACAGCGUCAUGGAGGAAGAGGAGACACGAACUGAGGGCCAACGAGUUCGGCAGCAGCACAUGUAUGAACAAGCCAUGGCCAUCCUGCGGUUGAUUCUCCAGCAAGUUGUUGUUUGUCGUCAGCUUCAUGGCACUUGUCCUCCUGGUGGAAUCGACAUGGAUGAGGGCAAUACUGUGCAGGUAUUGACGGUGCCCUUGUUUCCUGUUAAGGAUGAGGCCGACCAACGUACCGUGCAGGCUCUCUUGCACACGGUAGAAAAGCAUUACCGCCGUCUUGUGAACAUUAAGUAA